AUGAGAAGCGAGGAGGAGAGCCUCGUCGAAGGUCGCCUGUCUUCUCCUCCAGAAGCGCAGCCGACGACGUCGUUGGCCCUUCCCGAGAAGUAUAUCCUCGUAAACGGAAACUCGAGCUCGAAAGAAAAGUCGCCCACACGAUUCGCCAUGCCUAGUAAGUUUUGAAAAAGAUUUUAAAAAAAGAGAUAUUUGGCUAGUUUUUAAGGAAACUAUUGCGCUCUAGGUAGAAUAAUUGCAAAAUUGGACAUGUUUUGAAACCAAUUUUUGAAAGAAGCAAUUGAAAAUGUAAACCUAUUUUUCGCGCACCCCGUGAAAAAAAAAUAUUUUGAAAAUCCAUUACCUAGUAAAAGUAGGCGUGGCUAACUAAUGAGCGUAUCAGAGGCGGGCCAAAUGAUCUCAAUUUUUCCAAUACUGUUCUGCCGUUUCAAUCCCGCUAUUUUGCAGUAGAAAAUGAAAGAAAAUGGUUGGUUUUACACUUCAAAACUAAAACUUGUCAAUUUAUACAGUUUCGUCAGUAAAUUAACGGAAAAUUUUUUUUUAAAAUUGUAAAUUAACUUUGUUUUAUUUUUUUCAAUUCUUCUGAAACUUCCUGGACUUGUGAUGAAAAUUCUUUGUAUCACUCUGGUGGGAUUUCAUUUCGCAGAAGAAAAAAAACGAAACGCAGGCUUCCAGAUUUAAAACUUUAAGAUCCAUGAGCAAAAAAUGUUUAUUGUUUCUUUUUCUGACGGUACAGUCUUUUUCGUCUUGAAAAGCGAAGGAGAAUUGGGCGGUCUCAUUUUUUAUCGUGUCAAGACCCAUUUUUCGAUGGUUCAAUUCUGCCGUGGAUCGGCUAUAUCGCUCUUUUCGUUUCUUUUUCAAUUCCUUAUUGACUUUUUUUUUCAUUUGCGCAUAAGAAAUAGUAGAAUAGAUACAAAACAAGCGAUAACCGAGCUUUUUGAAUAGUUAUUGGACCUUGAAUUGAACUCGUGCCAAAAACCACGUACGCACACACUACUCGCAUCGCACACUUCUCCGCCUUUCAAGUCGGGGAAGACUGAUUUUCAUGUACCUUCAAUGAAUGAAGUCUAAGAUUUCAAUCAGAAAAUUAUUAAAUCCCCGAAUUCAGAAAAGAAGACGUGGGAAUUCUUCGGACAACUCCGCGAAUCGGCCAGUAUAACCCACCUUUUCGAGGCCCUCGGAAGACUUAUCGGCGAAUAUCCACUGGCCUUUCUACUCGUCACAGUUUUGAUGCUCUUACAAGCCUGUUAGUGACAUUUUUUGAUUUCUGUGUUUUUCUGUGUUUUUCAGUGUUAUUUUAACUUUCUAUCUUCAUCGAAAGAAAAAAAAAUCAAGCUGAUAAAAACUCAAAAUCUCAUUGAGAAUAUUUGAAAAACUCCCGAUUUUCAAAAAAUCGGCUCCAAGUAACGCGCACGCUUUGCACAUCAGUGAUCAAAUUUAACAAAUUUUUAGGAAAAUUUGGGCAAUUUAUUGUAAAAUUUUGAUGGAUUUGUUCAGCUUGAAAAUAAAAAAAGGUAUUUUUGAAAAUAUUUCCAAAUUCUAGUGCUUUUUUUGAUAAAUAUCUUCAGAGUAAUAGGAAUUACCCAUCUGAACUUCAAAGGGGAAAUUAUUGAUUUUCUAGCCGGGAUUUACGGGAUGCGGCUGAGGGACAACUUAAGGGAUGGCUACACACCGACGUCUUCUGACGCAAUGCAAGAAAAUAAAGUCUAUCGGGAUUUUUUGAGGACUGAAGGUUGGGAAUUUCUGAAAUUUUGACCCGUUUCAUUAUUAAAGGUGAUCCGGUAAUGACAACUCUGCUGUUCAUUGCGAAAGAUGGCGGCUCGAUGCAUCGGCUCGAAUAUUUGGCCGAGGCUGUCAAGGUAAAUCCUGCCUUUUUUUCUGUUUGAUGUGGAAUCUUCUGGCCGCAUUUAGAAUGGCUUAAAGCGUUACGGUUUGUGUUAAGAUGUCGAAUUUCGCGUUUCAUCUGUCGUUCACCUUGAAAAUUAUCGCGCGAAAGUCGUUUCGGGUCGGGCGCAGUUUUCUGAGUCAUUCUGAGUGCCGCUCGUUGUUUUAAAAUCGUUUUGAAACGGUUAUACUCAUUUCGUCUCCUUUUUUUAAUAUUUUUUGAAAAAGUUGAAUCUUUGCAAUUUUUUUUCCUCUUCUACCUUCUCUUUUUUUACAACAUUCCAUUAUUUUUUUUCUUGAAAUUUUUUUCCAAAAAAACUCGAUUUUAGUAACGGUUUAUCCAUGUUUUAUUCUAUUUCUAAAAAUGAAAAAAAGGUAUUCUUUUUUUCUGCUUUUUUUCAAAAAAAUUUAUUUUGAUUUUUUUGCUUCUUUCCCUAACCCUUUAAAUAGCUUUCCGUUUUAUUUCUCAGCCUUUUCUUUUCUUAAAUUUGAAAAAAAGAUCACCCUUUUUUUAGCUUGUUCCAAACAUAAAAUAAUUGAAACAAAAUCGAAUUCAACCGUUUUUUUCGAAAAAUAUAGGAGUUCUAAAUUUCAAAAAUACGUGAAAAAGUUGAAUUUUGCAGUCCUGGCACCAUAUAUCACAAAAAAUGACCGUGAAUGUCGACGAAAUCGACGUCAAAUACGAGAAAUUCUGCGGAAAUUAUUGUGACGUCAAUCGGCCUGUCGAAAUUUAUGUGGUUGGUCUUCAGAAAUCAUUGAUUUUCAAUGAUUUUCCAUUUUCCAGCAAGCCGCUGCAAAUAAGACAUGGAACCCGAAGAACAAGGCCGUCGACCUACAGUAUCCCAUAGCCAAUAUCCAAGGCUUCAGACUCCAUCUGGAGCGAAACUUCUUCGGCGUCAAGACCGAUGGAAACUACUCGAUUGAAGACGUCAGCAAUAUCAAGCAUAUCGAGGUGGGAUUUGUUCCUUUUCGAAACGGAGAAGUUCAUUCUAACAAGUUUGCUCCAUGGUGAAAGAAAGGGACGUCAUUCUUGAGCUAAGGAAUCGAAAAGUGACGUCAUUUUCAAGCAAAAAACCCUUACGCUGGGUUGACGUCACAUUUGAGCGCAAAAUUUUAAAAAAUGACGUAGUUUUCAAGCGAAAGCUCUUGGAAUCGGACUGACGUCAUUAGUAAGGUCAAUUUUCGGAUAAUGACGUCAUUUUCAAGUUGAAACUUGUUGAGCUUCACUGACGCCAUUUUGAGCUGAAAAUUCGAAAAAUGACGUCAUCUUUAAAACAAAAAAACUCUUGGAUAUUAAAUGGCGUCAUUUUUGCGCUCAGAAGUUAUAAAAAAAACGUAAUUUCACGGCGGAAAAUCUUGAAAAAGACCUCAGGAGUUCGAAUCUUCGAAUAUUAGGGAGCUUCCGAAAAUGAGAAGGUUUUUUCUCCCUACACGCUCUCUUGUUUAUCAGCGCUCUCUAGUUUCAAUAACUGAUAGCUUUUGAAAAAAUUUCUUAAUUUUUAUAAGUUUUCUCCGUUUUUCGCGACUUAACUUAUUGUUUUUCUCUGGGCCCUCUUGCUCUCUAGACAACCUUCUCAAUCUGACGUCCUUUUUUUUUUGUUCUGACCACGCCGGUGAGGGAACCAAGAGACGCAGACACGCAAAAACUUCCAAGUUUCGGCGAACAGACUAUAUACUCCUUUUUUCCAGCUCGUUUCGAUGAUGAUCAUGGCCGAGGUGAAGAACUUGGAGGAGUUCCAAAGGAUCGGCAAAUGGGAGCUGGAACUUUUCGAGUACUGCCGGAACUAUACGGCCAGUAAGGAGACGAUCAUUGAACUUCAGGUAAUUCUUUUGCGAUUUUCAGAGUUUUCCCAUUGUCGUGUAAGUAUAUCUGUAACAUGUAUAGAAAUAUAAGAUUUGAAGAAAAUUGUUUCAAAUCGAAAAAUUCGUUUUUCAGGUAAUUGGGUCGGAAAUCGUCGACACGGAAAUGAACAAAGACGCCCAAAGGAUGGCGCCCUACUUUGUAUGGGGUCAGAAAUUUUGAAUUUUUCGUUUUAUUUUGUUUUUCGAGCUUCAAAUAAUAGUUUUCUCACAGAAAAUGCUCAAAUUUGCAACGUUUUAUGCUUCUUUUUUCAAAAAAUGUGACUUCUCAAAAUCCUGAAUUUUUUGGCGUGUUUUUCGAAAAAUCCUGAACAGGACCUACAAUUUUUCUCAAAGAUCUCUCGAAAUGCUAAAAUUCUUUCUUCAAAAAAUCAUAAUCAGAGUUUAAAAAUUUUUUUGAAGGUUUUUCGAAUUUUUAAAAAUUUUAGGCUUCAUUUUUGAAAAAAAAUUCGAUUAAGGCGCAUAAUUGUUCUCGAAAUCAUAAGCUUCUAUUUCAAAACGAGAAAAAACCUUGGUUUCUCGAGAAAUUUUCAAAAUCCCCAAAAUUUGCAGGAGUCUCGAUGAUGGGCGGUAUGAUGCUCCUUUGCAUGUGCGCCUCUUGCAUUUUCUACGGCUUCUCGAUGAAAACCACGCCCAUCGUCUUCUUCGUGACCAACGGCGUGCCGUUCUUCUCGAUCAUCUCCACGUUCGGCCUGAUGAACUUCCUCGGCUACCGGAUCAACUCGCCGAUGAUGAUCAUGCCGUUUCUGAUCAUGGGCAUCGGGGUGAACGACUCCCUGCUCGCCCUGCAGAGCCUCAUGCAGCAGAACCACAAGAUCCCCGUCGAGGCCAAGAUGGAACGAGCUCUCGGAAGCGUCGGACCCAGCAUCGUCGUCACCACAAUGACCAACGUCGCCACUUUCCUCAUCGGAUGGGCCAGUCCCACGGAAGGUUGGUUAUGAAGACAAUGAACCCUGUUGGUUUAGUGAUAGAAAAACUGCAGAAACUCUUGUUUUACUCUGAACUUGAGCUUCAAAACUCAGGGAAAAGUUGGGAAGCUUUUGCUUCGAUUCCUCGGAAGUCGUUUGGAAGCAAGAUGUCGAACGCAAUCCAAAUGGCUUCCCAACACCUUCUACUUAGAAAAAAGUCUGACGGAAGCCUUCCAGAAGCAUUCCGGCAAGCUUCUGAAAGGCAUUUUCCAUUUUCACCUUCCCAACACCUUCCCAGGAUUCGCUUGAGAAGGAAGAAAGGAGAGAUCAACGGCGGUCUGAAGAGACGUUAGAGAAACUGGGAAAUCGUUUUCUCUGCCAUCUCUUCAGGUUGCUUUGAUCUCUCGUUUCUCCUGUUUAUUCUCAACCGAAGUGUGAAGAGAGACCAGAGACAUUAUGAAAAAGAAACUUUCAUUGAACGUCUUUUCAGAAAACCAAAAAUGAACGCACUUUCCAGAAAUUUCCAUCUUCUGCAUGGGCUGUGCUAUCGCCAUGUCUUUCGCCUUCCUCUACACCUUGACCUUUUUCUGUCCGAUCAUGGCGAUCGUCCUGAAGAGCGACUGGUAUCGAGUCUCGGACUACAAUCCGGAUAACUCCAGGGUUGGUUUUCGCUCGCUUUAGGCUUACGACAGAGUUUUUCAUUGUUCCUAGGAACGCGAGAGUGGUCCUAAGGGCUCUUAAAGGUUCCUCUUUAGUGAUGAGCCUAUCCCCCCUGAAGUAGGCACUAGAACUUGCAAAAUUGGCCUCUCUAGGGGCGCAUGCUGGUCUUAAACGCCUAUAGGGAUCACUUAAAUCUUACCCUUCUCAGAAAAACUUUUUUUUAUUUCUUUUUUUCUGAACUCUAUGUCUGUCUGGUACAGUUGUAUUUUAUUUUCUAAACCCUAUAGUGACCACUUUGGCUUUUUUCAGUUGAAUUUCAUUUUUCAAAGUCGGUAGCGAAAAAAUUGAGUCGAAGGUCAAAGUUUUUAAUAUGGUUUUUGUUCUUUAACUAGCAUUAACCAGUCCGUUCACCACUAGCUUGAGUCAGAAAUUCUACACCUUCGCAGAAACUCCUAAUAAAGAUUCCUUAAUCAAGUUUAAAGCCAGUGGUGAAUGGACUAUUAAUUUUGAGCUCAUUUUUGUAUUUUUUGAAAGAUUUACGAUCUCUCACGAACCGUAAAAGGCAUUUUUCAAACAUAUUUGUUCGAAUUUCCAGCUCCACCGUCUCGCCCACUCCCUCAGCUCGUCGUUUUCCAAACUCAUCGUCAGCAACAAGACUUUUUACGUCACCCUGGCCUUGACGAUCUUGUUCUGGAUCUAUGCCGGAAUCGGGGUCGUCAACAUCAACGCCAAGCUGGACACUGGGAAAAUCUUGCCCCUGGACUCGCCGAUCCGACGGCCCAAUCGUCUUAUUGAAGAAAUCGGUUUCAUUUUUUCCAAAAAGCCAAGAAAUUGUUAGUUUUUUUCAGUUUGGACCGAGUUUUAUCCAGUGACAGUGAUCGUGAAUAACGAGUUGGACCUGAAAAAUGAUCAACAAAUGGCUCUUUUCGACGAUUUUGUCAAGGAUUUCGAGUCGUUGCCCAAUUGUCGAGGUUCAUAGUUUAUUCAUUAAAAGAGAGGCUCUGAGAAAAAAUGGGUUUUUUCGCUUUAAAAAUUUCAUACUUCAUUUUUUCUGAAUAUUUUUCGAUAUAUACGAGAAAGGGUCUCAAGCGGACUUUCUAUCAGUUUAAAACAGCUUUAUGUAAUAUUUAAAGUCUAUAAAAAAAUAAUAAAAAAACCUAUCAAAUGCACUUUUCAUUUUUUUUUUAAUACUCUUUUCCUAUCUUCAAAAGCAAUUUUCAGGAUCGGAAUUCACGAUUUCUUGGCUGCGAGACUACAAAGAAUACUUUUUCGGGAUCGGAGCUGAAGAUUUUGACUACGACAGUGAUAUUGAUAUGACGAAACCUCAAGUUUUCGAUUACUCGGUGAGGUUUUUACAAAGUAAUCUCAUUGAUUUCUAUGAAAAAAAUAUCGAUUUUUUUCUCAUCAAUUAUUGAUUUUUUUCCAGAAGCUUCUCGCUUUCCUGGCCAGUCCGAUCCACAAACACUACUUGGCCAAUGUUCGAGUUGCACAUCGCGGCAAAGAGUUUGUUCAUUUUAUGAUUUGAAAAAAUUGGAACGAAACUAUUAUCCGUUUUUUGUGACUUGAAAAUGCUGUUUCUCUCUGCGCACAAGAGACGCCAGAGAACGAGACUUUUCUCGUUUCUCUACCGUCUCUUCAGGCCACAUGCUCUCUCUCUUUUUUGAUAUAGUUUUCAAGAAGCUGUUAUUUUGAUAAGUUAUCAGAAAACUGUUUAAAUAUCUGAUAUUCAAAAUUAACUUUAUUUUAUCUGAAUUUCAAAACGGCAUAAAACUCAUUCAAACGCAGGCUGAUUUUCUUUGAUUUUCCUGAUUUUUUGAUUUCUCAGAGUGGCGGUGACCAACUUCACGAUGACGUUCGUCUACCAGAACAGCUCCUCCUGGGAAGAUCGGAUCAACAUCAUGAACCAGUGGAGAAGCAUCAUUAAGAAGUGACCCGCCGUGAAUUGUCCUUCAUUUUAUCGCGGUUUCCAGACACCCCGAGUUGAACGCCUCGGUCUGGAACGUCAACGCCUUGUUCGUCGACCAGAUGCAGAGUCUGAAGCGGUUGGCCAUCGUGGUGAGCAGCUUUCUCUUAUUGAGAAGGGCCUGGAUUAAAACGAUUGAUUGACAGUGUGAACUCUAACGAGCUCCCUUGGAUCCAAAGUUUUAGAGAAUUCGUUUUUUUUUCAAAUAAAAAUAACCGUAGGGUAUUAAAUUAAUCAGAAAGUGAAAGAAGGAUUUUUUUAAAGAAUCUAGCGCCAUUACGUUUCAAAAAAAAAAUGUAUAGUCCAUUCAUCGCGACUUGAAAGGACUUUUCUGCGCUCUCCUCGUCUCUCCGCAACCCUCUCAUCUUGGCGUGCUAUUUCCAUGUUUCUCUGACCUCGUCGGUGAGGGAACAGAGAGAUGCAGACAGUCGAAAAGUUUCAAGUCGCGGCGAACGGCCUAUAUAAAAUUACAAAACUAUAAGAAAGGUUGAAAAAAUUAGAGAGGAGGGAAUUUCUUCCACAAGUCAUAAUUGAUCUGACAAGGUUCUUGGGAAUAAACGGCUAGCCUUACAAUUCGAUUAGAAAAGCAUUCAGAACAUGUUCACGACGCUGCUGUGCAUGUUGGCCGUCUGCGUGAUCUUCAUCUCGAACCUGGCGUCGAUCGGCGUCGCCAUCGUGGCGAUCAUGUCGAUCGCCCUGGGCGUCGUCGGAUACGCCUCCCAUCUCGGCCUGGACCUCGAUCCGGUCACCCUCUGCGCCACGAUCAUCUCCGUCGGCAUGGCUGUGGACUUCGUUGCCCAUCCUGCUUACCAUUAUCAGGUGAGGAAAAGGGAAAAUGAGGUCGGGAGAGGCUUAUGGUCACUAGAGGGGCAACUUUAGAAGCUCUCGUAGGUUCCCUUCAAAGUGCCAUCUUGCUUCUUCUUACUUCUCCAUUCAAGGUUGCAAAAGUGAUUAAUCGACCGGUUUUAGAUAGUGUCCACUCUAGGGGAGUAAGUAUUUUUAACUUCCAAACAGAACCAAAAGUUGAAAGCUCCAGUCUUCUAGAAAACACUGUUUUGUCCAUUAUAAGCGCUUUUUUCUUCAAUCCCUAUAAUGCCCACUCUGGCGUUCUUAAUUUGCAAAAAUUUUUAUCCGUAGAACUUUUUUGAAGAAUAUUUUGUCAAAAGAAGAUCUUUCUCCAACUGUUUCAAGUUAUAUGUAAUCAAAACUAACCAUUUCCAAGUUUGAAAAAAAGAAAAAUUUUGCUUUUCCGAACACUUGAAAAGUGGCCAAUGCUCAAUUUUAUUCAAAGAAAAAAAAAUUCGCAGGUGAAACACGUCAUCGAACUGAGAAACGGCCGGGAGGUCCGUGUGAGGCUGAAGACGCCCUACGAGAGGGUCUACCACAGCGUGUCGAUGAUCGCCUGGCCGAUGUGCCAGGCCGCCGCUUCGACCCUUCUUUGCGUCCUUCCGGUCAUCUUCUUGCAGGUUCGGUCUUCCUUUCUUCUUUUAGUUGAAGAGGAAGUGAAGUGGGAAAAGAUUCAUUUUUUUUUUUGAACGAAAAGGUAUUCUGGACUUGGCUUCUAUAAAGCUUCAAAGCCAGAUCUGCUGAAGAGACGGGGCAACCGCAACGCGCCCGCGGGCGUCCCGCGAACGGUCACAUUGCCAAAAGGGCCAUUUUUCUUCGAUUUUUCACCAGCUUGUUAGGCGCAGACUUGUUCUGCUCCAUUCGGGUUUAGGCUGAGUUGGAAAAAAAAAUGAGUGUUAGGGGGAUUUUUACUCAUUUUGGAAUUUUCGGGUCGGGUCGUCCCCGGGCACUUGCUCGAAUUCGCGCGUUGACCCGUCGGCAGCCCCAUUUGAAAUGAUCGAUUUGAAGGAGGUCUCUUUCAAAGCCGAAAUGAAACGUGCACCGCUAGGAUUGAAAUUUUGGCAGCGGAAUUUUUCUAGAAAACAGAAUUUCCAGAACUAUCUGCCCCUGGUUUUCGUCAAAAUCAUCUCUCUAGUCGUAUCCAUCGGAAUCGCCCAUGGCCUUUUCGUUGUCCCCGUCUUCCUUGCUCAGGUUUGUCUUUUCGAAAGAAGUUUAAUAAGGAAAAGUGACGUCAUGAAUCGGCCAAUUAAGAAUUCGUAGAAAUAACUAGGCUAUUUCUGAAGAGCUUUGAAUUAGUCUCGAAAACAGUCUUUCCACAAUAGGGGACACUUGGAGAGAGGCUCGAACUUUUUGGAGACGUUUCUAGGAUAGAAUCGCCAUAUAAAUCUGUUUGAGGGAUUGAUUUGAGCAGAGUUAGAUUGUAUCAGAUUUCCAAAGUCGGUCUUCUAAAGUGACCUCUUGAAAGACCAAGGGACUUUUAUGAAAUCCAAUAAUUUCGCUGUCAUCCCUUAAAGGAUCACUUGAAAAUGCUGAGUGAAUAAUAUAAGUUUGAAAGGCUCGACUAAGAUCACUCAAGUGAUCACUUGAUGGCUGUGAGACCAACAGCUUGACUGAUGUCACUUUAGUGAUCACUUACCUUCUCAAUGACGUCAUUUCGGUUACAGAUUCCGCUGACUUGGUUCGACAACAGCAUCUUCCAGUUGAUUGUCGGAAAAGAUCACGUCGGUGACGUCAGCGACGAUGACGUCAGCCUGGAGGACGAGGUCGCCGCCGAGGAGCUUGCCAUAAUUGGCACGACGCCAAUCCAGCUUCUCUCCGAGGCCACGCCCCUUUCCAAAGAGCCUGUCUGA